AUGACCCGCCUUUCCGUCACAACCGGGUCUGCGAUUAGAGAGGUAAAGCAUGUAUGCGCGGCGGGCGGCGUGGGCGGCGCGAGUGACGUGGGCAACAUACGUUCUGGCGUGUUGUGCAUGCGUCACUGCCGCGCCCGCCGAACAGCGCACCUCACAGCCCACUAUGACCGCCUCACCCACGCCCGCCUGCGAACCACUUGUAUUGAAAAACCUGCCACCGAUGCCACCGGUACAUGUCAUAUAACCUGCAUGGACAUAGGAUUAAGAAAAUCCGUCAACAUCAACGUAAAUUGGUUCAAAUUUCAGAAUUCACGAGAACACGAGGCGGCUGCAGUUCAUACUGCGCGUGCGCUAGCUGAGCUAGUGCAACAGGGGGUAGCGGACGAGGAGCGCGCAGCUGCACUCGCACGAGCUGCCAGUCAUGCACCCCUUGUCCCUGCACCUGCCGCUGUUGCCCUUGGCGCACCACAACUUCACCUCGGAGUACUCUACAUAGCAAAUCCACCUAGACUUGUUGUCUUCCAGCAAAACAAUACAGUUACUCUUCGUCAGUUUUGGAGAACGUUAGCAUCGGCGUGGAAUGCCACUGCAGCAGUUUGGUCUACUGCCUGGUUUUCGUGUGAAGAGGAUGGCCAGGGCUGGUGGGGUGGAGUAGCCGCAGCACGUGGGGUGGGGCCUGCUAGGUCGGCAGCCGCUUUAUUCCAUCGAUGGCCUGCCCUACCCUGUGAAGAUACUAUGAAUGCUUGGUUUGGUGAACCUCCACUUUGUGACUCUGCUACUACCGAUUGCGAGGCAACGCCUGCGUUGGGUUCCAGUGAUAAAAAAAUUGAGUAUCGGUGUAAAUGUCGAGAUGGACAUUGGAAUACUGGUGGAAAUGGUUGGCUGAGCGAUAUUACACUGGUGAACGACGGCAAUACCCCAUUAAUGUGUACGCCAUGUGGAAUGGGCAAUGAUUCAUCGGCCUGUCUAACUGACGCAUACCGCGUAGCACUUCUAGCUGCUAAUUUAGCAGGAAUGCUUCUCUGUCUCGUUAUAGGACUCAUCAUUUUUCAAAAAAGAAAAUGUAAAGCAGUUGCCAUGGGUAUGUGGACAGUUCUGGAGGUGGUUCUUCUGGGUGCAUUAUUGAUGUAUGGCUCUGUUCUACGAGUAGUAGGCGCGAUGGUCUCAGGCGCAGCAUGUUAUCUAGCUGCUUUCACAGCAACAGCAGCGUGUGAGGAUAACGAACGCGGCGGCUGUGCGCGGGCUGCGUGGCACCACGUCACUGCGGCCGCAGAGAUCCUGCUACUCACUGCGGGCCUCCGAAUUGCAUAUGCUGCUAGAAAUGCCAACGUGCCAUUUCAGGAGCGUGGAUGGCUGGCGACAGCGCUGUGCAUCGAAGGUAUGUGUGGCGUGUGGUGGCGACUGGUGGCAAGCAGCGCGCCCGACGCUGCACCGGAGCGCUGGCCCGUCGCGGCGACAGCGCGCGCUCACUUGUCAGCCGGCGCCGCGCUCGCCUGCGUGCUGGCGCCCAGGUUGUGGCACGGCUACCGCGCACGAUCACUCGCUCAAGAGGUAUCACGGCGAGGACCUGCAGAGGGCUUCGGUGCAGAAGGUGAGGAGGAGCCCACAACUGAAGAGGUGCGGGCGGAACUCAAGAGGCUUUACGUCCAAUUGGAGAUAUUACGCAAUAAGACUCUUAGAAGGGACAAUCCGCACAUCAGUAAACGCAGAGGCGGUAGGAAACCACCACAUCGACGGUUCUCCUUACAGGCGCUACAGGCGCGACGCGGCGGCAAGGGCAAGGCGGGCGGCAGCGCCAGCGCGGUGGAGGCGAGCGAGGCAGGCGACGCUUCGCGUACUCCUGAAGACUCCGUGUGCUCCAACGAGGGGCCUAGCCACUACAAUGACACCGAUACACAAGCGUGA